AUGCGUGGCGUCGGGGAGAUCGGACGGCGUAUCACAAGCUCCACAACUCCACCUUAUCAAGAUAUCGCCUUCAACUCAAAUCGUAUCCCUUCAAGCAUAUUCUCGCGUCCCAGAGGACUUACUUACAAGAUGUCCGCUCAGAACUCCGCAGGCAUUCAGACCCUCCUCGAUGCCGAGAGAGAGGCCCAGAAGAUUGUCCAGCAAGCUAGAGAAUACCGUACCAAGCGGAUAAGAGACGCAAAGGCUGAAGCCCAGAAGGAGAUCGAAGAGUAUCGCAAGCAGAAGGAGGACGAAUUCAAGAAGUUCGAGGCUGAGCACUCGAGCGGGUACAAGAAGGCCGAGGAGGAUGCGAACAAAGAGGCAGAAGUCAAGCUCCAGGAGAUCAAGGAUGCCGGGAACGACAAGGGCAGCAAGGUGGUGGAGGAUCUUAUCCAUGCACUCAUCGACGUAAAGCCUGAGGCUUCGGAGAAAAUCGUGGUCAAGGCAUAGAUCUGUUGUUUCCUGCAGCAGCGUGAGGGUUCAUCAAUUUUGGGUUCUUUAUUUCCAGCCUGUGAAUAUUAUUUAGCUGUUUGAUCAUACAACUGCUCAUAUGUACGGAGUGCAUCCUUUCUAGAUUGUCUGCAGCUAGUGGAGGGGUGGGCAAUGUCCUUCAGUAAUGUGGGGAUGCCAUGCCUGCUUGGUGCAUGCGUG